CUCUGUUUGCCACAAAAUUAUUCGUUCUUUGUAAGAUAUGUUAAUUGUUGAACAUUGAGAUAUCAUUCACAUAUAUAUGUUUAGUAUGUAUAUAUGUAAAGGGUAAUUGGGGAGGGAACUGCAAUAUUCGGAGAAUGUUUUCAGAAGAUCGAAGCGGACAAAAAAAAGUUCUAUAAACACAGGUCCGAUUCUCAGCGUAUAUAAUAUUUAACUAAAGCGACUUUAAUAAAUAAACGUCAAAAUAAAUGCUUACAGUUACAAAGCUAUUAGGGAGUUUUUGCAAUAACAUUUCUAUAUUUCUAUACAUAUAUAUGUGUGUGUUUACACAUUUCUUAAUCUAACGAAAUAUAUUUCAAGAUAUCUCGUACACAUAGAGAGAAAUAUCUCUUAUAGUAAUAUAUACAGAACAUUUCAAUUUAUCUGAUUGGUAAGACUGAAUGAUGAGUAAAUAGAUUUGAGAGAUACCGAUAACAAGAAUUUUCAACGUCAAUAUCAACAUCGUAGACAAUCGUAUCUUUCUCCUGAGCAAUCGCUUUUCUUUUCAUCAUCAUGCAACUAUUUAUCUCUCUUAUGUUGCAAAAAGUGUAAUUAAGCAGCAAGAAAAAGGAUAAACGCUUGAUAUUUGUGAGAGAAGACGGGGGCACGUUUUUAAUUGAGCAUCGAGAAAUUCGCACGGGAUGCAGGCAGUUUGAUAAAAUGGAAUCUACAGAAUAUUGUGCACGACUUUCCCGAUUUAUAUAAUGAUCAAUAUAAGAGACGGUAAUUUUGAACUAUGAUAUGCAUAAUUCACAGUUGAAAAACCAUGCAUCAGACCUUAUUUGAUUGAUUUUAUGUCGGGAAGGAGAAUAACGAAUAUGUUUAAUGCUCGGCACGAAUUACAAAAUGAAUGGCAAGAGCUUCAUUCAGCCUUGGACGAAGCUCAACAGGAAGUUACAAAUCUCGAUCAGAAAUUAUGCCAUGCCAGAAGAAACUUGGAGGAAGAGAAGCGUAAGCGCCGAAUGGUCGAGCAACAGAGGGAUCAAUUGGAAAGCCAAAUUAACACGAUUCGAGAGAUCUUAUUCCAUAACGAAGAAAUAAGUUUGGAUGAAGGAAUCAAGCGGAAAUUACAAUUUCUUGACAAACCUGUUGUCGCAAGGAACAAGCAUAAUGUAUAUAUCCGAGAUACACAAAAUGAUGGGCAGCUGAAUACAAUAAUGGAAAUGGAUUCCACCGGUUCGAUAUUGAGUGAUUUAAAUUGUUUAUCAAAAUCAGAAGACGAUCAAGAUACUAAUGCUGUACUCCUGUUGAGUCCAAAACAUGUAGAAUGGAAAGAACACGGAGCUAGCUGUGAGAAAUCUGUACACAAGCAGCACAGCACGUUAGAUAAGGUUGCUGAAUUUAAUUUGUCAGACAAAACAACGAUCGCAACGACAAUGAGUAAACAAACAAACGACAAUACGCAUACUGCAUCUUUUCAAACCCAAGUUGUUCCUAGUAAUGAAAUUAUUGAUUCCAAUGUGUCGGGAACAAAAGUAUAUGCUCAUAACCUCGUGUCGAAAAUGGUGAUUAAACCAGAGACGUGUACUCCUUGCGGUAAAAGAAUCCGGUUUGGGAAAAUAAUGCUGAAAUGCAGGGACUGUCCUGUUAUGUGCCAUAUGGAAUGCAAAACUACAGUUCUGCUGCAAUUAUGCAUACAGCCGGCAACUCAAUGCGGUGUAAAUACUAUUGUAUGUAGAUUACGUAUAAUAACGUGACGUGUCUGUGUUUAUAUGUAAGUAAUCACAAACAUUUCAGUGAAGCAUCGAGCGCAUAAACCGAUCGACAACGGACUAAAUUGGAUAAAUUAAGGAAAGAGGAUAUUAUGAUCCGGUCUAUUGGGAGGCCGAUUGAAUCUCGCCAGCAUUAUAUGUCGCCUUGUGUACGUCAAGUUGAAUAAGUUUAGAGGAAAGCAUUUACCUUGAAA